AUGGGGUUUCCGGUUCUUCUUGCCCUCAGCCGGAUAACCCACCCUUGGGUGGUUCGAAGAAGAGGAGGUGCGAUCGAUGGAAUGCGUCAAAGAGGAAGACAACGUCGAGAGGCUGAUGGCGAGGGACAGCAGGGAGCUGCUCCUGAGGUUGGUCCGCAGCAUCCGGCAUUUCCCGGAGGACCUAUUGAUACAUCUUUAUUGGUUAGAUAUCAGAGGCACGUUGCCUGUCAUUUAUGGUUGGGCGAGGAGAGACGACCAAAACCGACCUUAAAGGUUGCUGCACAUGGCAGCAAAUUAAUAGGAUGGGUUCCGGCAAUGCUCCCAAGGCAGAUGGCAAAUUGGUUAGUUGCAUCUGGCCUGUCAUCUUUGCAGCAUACUAGUUUGGCCAGGGUAGAUACGCAUCUCUUAUCUGCUUUUGUUGAGAGAUGGCAUCCUGAAACAUCGUCAUUUCAUAUGCCGUUCGGCGAGAUGACCAUCACGCUAGACGAUGUUUCUUGUCUUCUUCAUGUACCGAUUAGGGGCCAGCUGGUUGACCCCGAUGUUGUUGUCACCGAUUAUGAUGCUAUCCAUCUAGCUGUUGAGUUGUUUGGUGUUUCGCUGAGUGAUGCAACUACAGAGGCUUCUGCUGUAAGGGGUCCUUACUAUAAAUUGGAUUGGUUAAAGCAAGUUUUUGAGCAACAAAGAGCUGCGAAUAACUUUACAGGCGCUAUGAGAGCAGACAUGAUGUUGCUAUUAGGUUGUACCAUUCUUGCCGACAAGACUUUUACUCUUGUCGAGGCAAAAUAUCUUCCACUUUUGAGAUAUUUGGAUACUUGUGGAAGCUAUUGCUGGGGGGCAGCUGCACUGGUUACUCUGUACAGAUACUUAGGGGAUGCCUCAUUUUAUUCAUGCAAGCAGCUUGACGGUUAUGCCUCUCUUCUUCAGUGUUGGAUUCAUGAGUACUUUCCAACUGUUGGAAAGAGAGGUACUUCUGGGUUAUGUGGCAUUGAUAGUCCGAUGGCUAGGGCGAUGAAAUGGGAAUAUAGGCAGGGGACGCAAAAAGUGGCUGACAUCCGAGCUGUGUUAGAUCAGUUGACUCCUCACGAUAUUGUAUGGCGCCCUUUUGAGGAUCAUCGGGUGCACCGUCCUUUUGAUGAUAUCUGUUUGUAUCGGGGUGGUUUGAAGUGGUUUGGUACUGUAGUUCUAUAUUUACCUGACAGAUGCUUACGUCAGUUUGGAUACAGACAGUACAUACCGACUGCUCCUCCUAACGUAGACACACUUGAUGUGGAUGUUGAGUGGGUUACAUAUAUGCAGAGUGUGUUGCAGGUGACCCGAUCCCACGAUGAUCCCCCAGCUGCUUUUGCCACCAUGCCAUACGAGACAGACAAUGAUUAUUUGCCGUGGUAUUAUACGGUGUCACAUCCUCGUUUGAGAGCACCACAGGAUGAUGAGCCGAUGGAGGUACCAGUGCCUGUCUAUGACGAAGGACCGUCAGACCCGAGAUUAUCAUAUAUAUCUCAUGAGCUUCAUCAUUACUUACAGCGUCAUCAGGCUGUUCCUGAAGACGAACAGUUUCUGGAGAUAUUUAGAGCACUCAGACUUGCACAGGGCGGACCAUUACCUAGGGAAGGUCCAAUUACUUAUGACAAUGAGUCUGAUUGA